AUGUCUUCACUCAUCACCACCCUCGGCCUCCGUGCCGCUCCUGGCCAAGCGGUCCCCAACCAUGCCACCUCCUUUCUGCUGGCUAAUUGGGUCCUCGCGUACGCCUUGAUGAGCACGCGUGGAACGAAAAUGCGCCUUGGCCUGGACCACAAUGUCGCGCCCAGAGAGGAUCUUGGCAAAUACGGCGAAGCCGCAGUGCAAGCUGGCAAGAUCUCUCGCAGCGCUUUGAACAAGUUGAAGCGACAGGAGGCAGCGCAUGCGAAUGCCGUGGAGGGCUUCCCCCUGUUUGUCGCAGCGAUUCUUGCUGCUCUAUUCGCCGGUGUUCCGACAGAGACUAUCAACACCAUCGGUGUCUGGUACACGGCGUCGAGAUUGGCUUAUAGCUGGCUGUACUCGCACAUUGAGUCACCGGGACUGAGCUACUUGCGCUCGGUUGCUUGGUGGUCUGGAAACAUUAGCUGCAUCACUGGUCUGGUGCUGGCUGGAAAGAAGCUGUAG